CGUGAUCUCCACUUGACUCGGUUACUUCCGGGUUUUUUAAGCGUACGCACGCCCAGUUUGGCCAGCCGAUGUCUUUCUGUUCUCUUCACUACCAUUGAAAGGACUGUCUUAUUUUCAUUUGGAGUGUAAUUGCUUUUGGCGUACAACGCAAUAGCUUGUAUUACAUCUAUUUAUGUUUCCGCCACACCUCUUUUCACUUUCAUGCUCACUUGUUCCGCAUUCUGUCAGCGACAAAUACCGAUUUUUGUUUCCUUAAUGCGUGAGUGGUAUCGAAAGCGUCACAAGGAAUGUGAUACUGCGACAAAGUAUCGAUUCUUUAAAAUGGAGUAAUCCGACGACACCGAAUAGUUAAUGCGGUAUCGACAAUGUUGAGGUCAGGGGUCAACAGUAUCAACCGAGAGUGCUGUGUAAAUACGGACGAGAAACCGGGCACCUAGUUUCAGUUUAAUCAUUCGGAAAAGUUCACUCCUGACUCCUCGUUUGCAAGUGUUGUCGGAAAAGAGUAUUUGAGUGACAUUCUGCUGCAGAUGAAAGAUCUGUACAGGCUGAAAACAGGUUGAAAGGAAUAAACUCCCAAGAAAAACGUUUUACAAUGGCAGGACAGUUUACCAAGAGAAUAGAAGAUCUAGCAAGCAUCUACGAGGCUGUGUCUAGUUCCAAUUCGAACGGAACAUUCGGACAUUUUCUCAGGUCAGAUCUCACCAAAGAGGUUCUGAGAAAGUGUAACUUGACAGCCGUAGACAUGCGAUAUGUCACCCUUGACCAAGGCACCCAGCUUUAUUCAUUCGAUGGGCAGUGGCAGCAAGAUAUAAUUGCGCACCUGUAUUCAACUCGAUUCGACGAUCCGAUGCCAAAGGUGCCCGACCUCGGUGCCGUCGACGAGACGAGCUGCGCCCGGCUUUUCGCCACCGAGACACCCCUCCGUGUUCUCAGUGUGCAACGGAACUCUAUGCUAGAACUCUGCAAGACGUGGGUCCAGGGGCAUUACGAGACAGGUGGCGGGGCCGCCAAUAACGCCCUCAACGGUGAGGAGAGCAUGACGGCCGAGGAGUCCACCGAAGUGCUGUCAGCCAUGCCCAGCAAUAUUUUCCAGCGUAAAGACGGCCUGUCUUUUCUGGACUUUGCUUUGUUUCGUGAGUGCAACAGCGAUUUCCAUUCCGUAGCAGGGGUUGCCUUCGAUGAUGCGGUACCGCCCCCAAAUCCAACCUCCAGGCAUAUCUUGCUCUUCGGUACCGAAGCUCUCUGUCUCCUGCAAGAAUUGGUCUAUCCGUCGAAGAAGAAGUUGCGGAAGUCCGCUGACGGCUUCAUGUCUGUUGUGAGCGAGCCCAGUCGCCCCCAGGCACCGCCCAUGAAGAGAGGCAGGUCUAUCAACACUCCUCCCGUUGGUUCACAUUCCCCUGCGGGGCCCCCACCCCCGCCUCCCUACCAGCCGAAGACGUCGCCCCACCCGUCACCUCGGCCAGGAACGCCGACCUUGGCCGAUGACAAGCUAGAGGGGAAAUCCCCGAGCAAACCUCAGGCAGCGCCGAGAGAAGCCACACUUCCUCGGGAGGCUGUUCCCAUCAAAUCCCCGCCACCUGCAAAGGACAUGCCGCAUGAGGAUACCCCUAAAGAGGUUGAAACCAAUACACAAAUGUAAAUCCUAAACCUGGUCAUUCCGUUAUCAGCUGAAAUAUUGAAACCAAUAUUGAAGAUGUGUGAGCAAAUCAUAAGUUGGAAAGAUUAUGUUAUAUUCAACUGUUUCCCGUCAUUUUCUUGCUGUUAAAUAUGCGAAGAGUGUUCUGGCCCAAUCGUGAAAAAUCCCUCAUGAUGUAUGCAGUUCAGCUUGCAACUAUUGUGUGCAUUUGAAAAUUAUUGUCCACGUUCACGGACGCAUAAUUCUCCAUUUUGGUUCCAACAGUCUGUUGAGACACUCAUGUCGCAACUCUCUCGAUAAACACCUAUAUCCGCUCGACUUGAAGCAUCCCCUAACCGGUGAAAGAGAGAAACGUUGGUGGAAUCGUUUUAUCUUUGCCGUAACGUGUAAGGAUCUGCGGUCCCCACCACAGGACCAUCGUAAAUAUGUAAAAAAAAUGGAUGGUAAAAAAGCAUGUCAUGUGGGAACCCAACAUGGAGCCAGAUUGGACAACCAAACAUAUUCAGUCUUUUAAUUGAAGUUAAUAUUUUUGUUGUAAGCUGAAGCGUCCAUCCCCUACACUCAUGAAAUUGAACAAAGCCGUUGACCUGAAAAUCGCGAAGGCGCAAUUUUACUCACGACGGCGAAGGGUCCUCUAUAUAAAAUGAGGAUGUGGAAGUCCAGAGGCCAGGAGAUGUACAAAAACUGGCGCUUUUUACUCAUUUCGGUUCUAACAACACUUUCCGGCUUUCUGUAUUCGUGUAAUUUUACAUUACAAGUUGAUAUUAAGCGUAUAUUAAGCCUAUACAGAAUGUACAAUGUAAUCAUCAAAACGUAGUAAGUGUUAUUGUUGAGGAUGCUGUAUAUGGUUCAAGCCUUUCCGUGCUACAUUUAGGUGUCUAAUUCAUGACGUCAGAUACUUGCCUUGCGUAACUUGUAACAAAUUUCGACAUGAACGUUCUGUGAACGAUAGUUUGUGCAUUUUGUGUAAAAUAAGUUGCUUCUGUUUUAACGUUAAUUCGGUAUUGUAAUGUCUAAUUGCAUUUUAUUUUUAGCUGAUUACU